UGUAUGUCAAAAUAUAAUUUAUUCAUGAAUUUUCAAAGAACAGACCAGGAAACUGAUCAGACCCCUAUGAUAAACAUACAAUUUCUGAUGUACUAAAAUACUAACUAAAGACAGAAAUAGUUACAUCUAGAAUAACCUGGUAAUAAACAUUCUCAAUAAUAAUACUAUGUAUAUUAGGAAUUUGUAAGUGUCAUAUUUCAGACCAACACAGGGAGCCAAUCCGAUUCUUAUCAAGCAGGAGUUAAUUGAGGAUAAGAUGCUGAGUCACUGAACGCUGCUCUAUUCCAGUGUGUUCGUCCUUCAUCUCUCUUACUUUUCCUCUCAGCUCAUUUCUGCUGCUGUUGCAGCUGUCUCACUGCAGUCCCUCACCACCAGCCUCCCCCCACUUUGAUACAGCAAUGCGGCACUCAAAGUGGGGGGAGUUCAUUACGCACACAGAUUUGGACUGUGCCGCCACCUUUGCCGGAGCACAGAGUGUCUGUUUGCUGAGGGGAGAACAGGGUCUGCCUGCCAGCUGCAGACAGAAGAAAGCUCCAUCCUUUCCUCCUGUCCUGUACCAUCAUGGGGAAAGAGAAGAUCCACAUCAACAUUGUGGUCAUCGGCCAUGUUGAUUCUGGGAAAUCCACCACCACUGGGCAUCUCAUCUAUAAAUGUGGAGGAAUUGAUAAAAGAACCAUCGAGAAGUUUGAAAAAGAGGCUGCUGAGAUGGGAAAAGGUUCCUUUAAGUACGCCUGGGUUCUGGACAAGCUGAAGGCCGAGAGGGAGAGAGGAAUUACCAUAGACAUCUCACUCUGGAAGUUUGAGACCACCAAGUACUACAUAACUAUUAUAGAUGCUCCAGGACACAGAGACUUCAUCAAGAACAUGAUCACUGGGACGUCUCAGGCGGAUUGUGCUGUUCUAAUUGUUGCAGCUGGAGUGGGUGAAUUUGAGGCGGGCAUCUCUAAAAAUGGGCAAACAAGGGAACACGCCCUGCUGGCCUACACGCUGGGCGUCAAGCAGCUGAUUGUAGCCGUCAACAAGAUGGACUCCACGGAGCCGUCCUACAGUGAGAAACGCUAUGAUGAGAUUGUUAAAGAAGUGAGCGCUUACAUCAAAAAGAUUGGUUAUAGCCCCGCCUCGGUGCCCUUCGUCCCAAUUUCAGGUUGGCACGGCGACAACAUGCUGGAACCGUCUUCUAAUAUGCCGUGGUUUAAAGCCUGGAAGCUGGACAGAAAGGAGCAGCAUGCCAGUGGCGUGACUCUACUGGAAGCUCUCGAUACCAUCAUGCCUCCAGCACGCCCCACUGACAAACCCUUACGUCUGCCCCUACAAGACGUCUACAAGAUUGGAGGUAUAGGGACCGUGCCGGUGGGCAGAGUGGAGACGGGCAUCCUGCGGCCCAGUAUGGUGGUGACCUUUGCCCCAGUCAAUAUCACUACAGAGGUGAAGUCGGUGGAGAUGCAUCACGAGUCUCUGAGUGAAGCUCUGCCGGGAGAUAACGUGGGCUUUAAUGUGAAGAAUGUGUCUGUAAAAGACAUAAGAAGAGGUAACGUUUGUGGGGACAGUAAGUCAGACCCGCCUCAGGAAGCAUCAGGGUUUACAGCACAGGUCAUCAUUUUGAAUCACCCAGGACAGAUCAGCGCAGGUUACUCUCCUGUCAUAGACUGCCACACAGCUCACAUUGCCUGUAAGUUUGCUGAGCUUAAGGAGAAGAUUGAUCGCCGUUCAGGCAAGAAGCUGGAAGACAACCCCAAAAGCCUGAAGUCUGGAGAUGCCGCCAUCGUGGACAUGAUCCCAGGAAAACCAAUGUGUGUGGAGAGCUUCUCUCAGUACCCUCCACUGGGACGUUUUGCUGUCAGAGAUAUGAGACAGACUGUUGCAGUCGGUGUCAUCAAAAGCGUGGACAAGAAGAUCGGCGGCAGCGGGAAAGUGACCAAAUCUGCUCAGAAAGCUCAAAAAUCUGGCAAAUGAAUCUGAAUCUCCAAGUUACCUUGUCACCUCAGGCCCCGACCCAGCUUACAUGCCCCUCUCAUCUGGGCAUGCUCAGUCUGUUCCCCUUGUGUGCUUGAAAUAUACACUUGAACCAACUGGAGCCUGAUGGACUGAAGGAAAUAAUGAAAGAUUGACUAUUACAUUUUGACUGGUUGCACUGUAUAUUCACUUUUAAAGAUCGGCACACAUGUUGCAUGGAUGUCUGUCUUGAUAUAUGCACGGCAUCUAUUAAAUUAAUGUAGCUGGUAUCGCUGAGUAGUGUGUGUGUGUGUGUGUGUGGUGUGUGUGUGGUGUGCAGUUGAAAACAAACCAAGUGGAAAACUGUUCUUUGACCAGAAUAAUGGUGAUUAUGUCCAAAGGAAAUAAAAUGCUGAAGUUUUGUAUAGUUUAUAACUGAGCAUUGAUGGAAGGCUAAUUCAUUGAUGAAUAAAUAAAAUAUUG